AUGACUCUAACUAAAAUGGAGGUGGAUUCGGGCAAGGGUGAAGGGUUUCGGCCGUACUAUAUAACAAAGAUCGAAGAACUCCAACUGAUUGUUGCGGAGAAGUCUCAAAAUCUGCGCCGUCUGCAAGCCCAGCGUAAUGAGCUCAAUGCUAAAGUACGUAUGCUUCGUGAAGAAUUACAGCUCCUGCAGGAGCAGGGCUCGUAUGUUGGGGAAGUGGUCAAACCAAUGGAUAAGAAAAAAGUAUUAGUCAAGGUGCAUCCAGAAGGUAAAUUCGUUGUUGAUUUAGACAAGAACGUAGAUAUCAACGAUGUAACAGCGAACUGUCGCGUUGCUCUCCGCAACGAGAGCUACACCCUGCACAAAAUACUUCCUAACAAAGUAGAUCCCUUGGUGUCUCUCAUGAUGGUUGAAAAAGUGCCUGACUCAACUUACGAAAUGGUGGGUGGCUUGGAUAAGCAAAUCAAAGAAAUAAAAGAGGUAAUUGAGCUGCCAGUGAAACAUCCCGAGCUAUUUGAUGCUCUUGGUAUAGCUCAACCUAAAGGUGUAUUGUUAUAUGGUCCACCGGGAACUGGUAAGACGCUUUUAGCUCGUGCUGUAGCUCAUCACACUGAGUGCACAUUCAUAAGAGUGUCAGGAUCUGAACUGGUGCAAAAGUUUAUUGGUGAAGGUAGCCGAAUGGUCAGAGAACUCUUCGUCAUGGCUCGGGAACAUGCUCCAUCAAUUAUUUUCAUGGAUGAAAUUGACUCAAUUGGAUCUUCCCGUAUUGAAUCUGGCAGUGGAGGAGAUUCAGAGGUACAGAGAACUAUGUUGGAAUUGUUGAACCAGCUUGAUGGCUUUGAAGCCACUAAAAAUAUCAAAGUCAUAAUGGCUACUAACAGAAUUGACAUCCUUGACCCUGCUUUGUUGAGACCGGGCCGUAUUGAUAGGAAGAUUGAGUUCCCACCACCAAAUGAAGAAGCUCGUCUUGACAUUUUGAAGAUUCAUUCAAGAAAGAUGAAUCUUACUAGAGGAAUUAAUCUACGGAAGAUUGCAGAGUUGAUGCCUGGAGCAUCUGGUGCUGAAGUUAAGGGUGUAUGCACUGAGGCUGGUAUGUAUGCUCUGCGUGAACGUAGAGUCCAUGUUACUCAAGAAGACUUUGAAAUGGCUGUAGCUAAAGUCAUGCAGAAGGACUCCGAGAAGAAUAUGUCUAUCAAGAAAUUGUGGAAGUAA